CCACAGUAGACUAGAUUCAACGUACAUUUUUUUCGUGCUGUAAACCACGUCGAAGUAAUUUAGUAAUUUGUAGGUGUAUAUGUGAUUUAGCAUAGCUAAAUAAGAGAAAAUGGCGGGAUGUGCCAACAGAGUUCUGGAUAGGAAAUUUUAUGAUUUGUCCGAAGCUUAUAAGUCACGUGCAGAGUUUGACUUAGACAAAUCCACUUCUCAUAGUCUUGACAACCAUCACCUAUUAUCGUCAAAACAGGAGGAUCACACAUCAGCAACUUCUUCAGAUGAUUUUGACUUUGAUAAAGGCAAUAAGUUAACAACUUUUAUCAACACAAAUGUAAUUGGAAAGCAAAAUGAAUUUGUGAGUCCAUUUGGAAAGAGACAAAUUGUUUACUGUGAUUACACUGCCUCAGGAAAAUCCUUACACUGUAUUGAAAACUAUAUUACUAGUGAGGUUCUGCCAACUUAUGGAAACACUCAUACAACAACUUCAGUAACUUCCUUGCAAACAACUCUUUUUAGACAUGAGUCAAGAGAAAUCUUGCGAAAUGGGCUUGGAGCGUCUGAGGAUGAUGCUGUGAUAUUUGUUGGCAGUGGUUGUACUGGAGCAGUUCACAAAUUAAUCAAUGGACUUCAUUUAACAGAACCACCAAUAGUACUAGUUGGUGCAAAUGAGCAUCACUCAAAUCUUUUACCAUGGAGGGAAAUCGCCUACAGAGUCAUUCGCAUUACGGAGAGCUCAGAUGGUCUUCUAAAUGUGGAUGAACUUGAGUGCUCGUUAAAGACAGCAAGGAAAGAAAAUCGGAAGAUGAUUGGUUGCUUUUCUGCCGCAUCAAAUAUCACUGGUACUUUGUAUCAGGAUAUGCAAAUAACGGCACUUCUCCAUCGAUACGGAGCACUUUCGUUCUGGGAUUACGCAACAGCGGCCCCCUAUGUCAAGAUGGCCAUGAAUCCUACUACUGUUGAAUACCAAUCUGGUAUAGCUCACAAAGAUGCCCUCUACUUUUCGAUGCACAAAUUCGUCGGUGGUGUACAAACACCGGGUGUUCUUGUUGUAAAAAAAUCUCUUCUGCAAAACCGUAUCCCCAACGGUGCCGGAGGAGGGACUGUGUUCUUCGUUGACAGGGAGACUCAUCUCUACUUGCGGGAUGAGGAAAUGAGGGAAGAAGGUGGGACGCCAGCUAUCGUGGAAAGCAUUCGAGCUGGUUUAGUUUUAAAACUGAAAGAAAGUGUUACGCCUGAAUGGAUCAUGGCACGUGAAGAUGCUCUUGUACAACUUGCUUAUGCAAACUGGGAAGCCAUACCGGAACUCGUUAUACUCGGGAGUACUAAAGCACCGCGUUUAGCUGUUUUUUCUUUCAUGGUCCGGCAUCUUGCAAGUGGAUACUAUUUACACCAUAACUUCGUUUGUGCUUUGCUGAAUGAUGUUUACGGAAUACAAGCUCGUGGAGGCUGUGCAUGCGCGGGACCUUACGCUCAGGAUUUGCUCGGAAUCGACGAAUCUCUUGCUCGGCGUUAUCAAGAAAUUCUCGUCGAAGACAGUCGUUUAGACCGAACACAUCUAAGACGUAAAGAAGAACAUUCUUGCUACGAAAUUCUGCGCCCUGGUUUCGCACGAUUAAAUUUGCCUUACUUUGCUUCCGAUUCCGAAAUCAGUUUUAUAAUUAAUGCAGUAAUCUGUGUUGCCAAAAACGGUUGGAAACUCUUACCUUAUUAUCAAAUGAAUUCUGAAACUGGAGAAUGGCAUCAUCAUACACAGCUGUCCUUCAAAAACCGGAAAUGGCUUGGUAAUGUCGAUUUCAACUUUGGCCAAAUGCAUGUACGCCGUCCAAAAGAUCCAGACGCCCCAAGUGCUCCAACUGACUACGCCGAUUGCUUACAAAAAGGCGAAGAAAUUUUCGAACGAGCACCAAAAGGAAUCUCGAUAAUAAUCAUUCCGGACCAGCGCCAAAGCUUCAAUGCAGAAGCUGCUGAACUUCGUUGGUUCCUUUUGCCAAGUGAAGCCAAAGACCUUCUCGAUGGAGUUACAUUCCCGAAGGUUGAGGCACCCUUUACGCCACGGCAGUAUGCGUCUGAAACCCAAGAGUACAGCUUACAGCAUUACUCUACCAUUCCGGCGCGUAGUAGUUGGCCUAAAUUGCCUAUAAAAGAAAACAAACCUAUGCAAGAGAACGACUGGGGAGAAAAAGAAGAUGUCGUGGAUCUUGAUAGCAAGAAUUACCUAAGCGAUUCGGGAACCUUCUUGAGUAGUGUUCUUGUUUUGGACGACGAAGACGAGGAAUCGGAGAUGCCUGUCGCAAAAUCUGUUCGAAAAAUUUCCCUCAGUGAACGACUUUGGAUGUCACCGACGAAAAACAUUAUGAAACCGACAUUAGAAGCGCUUCUUCGCUACAAGAUGAUCAGCAAUGGAGAUCGUGUACUAGUUUGUGUUUCGGGUGGAAAGGACUCUCUCACCCUACUCCACACUCUUCGCCAGUACCAACAGCAGAGUAAACGUUUUGGCAUCCAAUUUGAAAUAGGAGCAAUGACUGUAGAUCCUGGCAGCUCGUCAUAUGACCCGUCUCCACUUAUUCCAUACAUGAACCAGCUUGAAAUUCCAUACUUCUAUGAAAGACAAUGCAUCAUCACCAAAGCCAUGGAUAUCCCAGACGUUGAUUCCAUUUGCAGCUUUUGCAGUCGGCUAAAGCGAGGUCGCAUUUAUGCUACUGCAAGAAAUCAUGGCUUCAAUGUGAUAGCCUUGGGCCAGCACUUAGAUGAUUUAGCUGAGAGCUUUCUUAUGUCGACCUUCCACAAUGGUAGACUCAGAACCAUGAAAGCUGCAUAUGCCAAUCGAGAGAGAGACUUGAAAAUAAUACGACCAUUUGUCUACGUUCGCGAAAAAGAAUUGCGGCAUUUUGCUACCGAAGCUCGUCUUCCAGUAAUUCCGGAGAACUGCCCUGCUUGUUUUGAAGCCCCAAAAGAACGUCAUCGAAUUAAGCAGCUUUUAGCCCAACAAGAACUUCUGUUCCCUUGCAUUUACCUAAACAUCAAGACUUCCCUGCUGCCUUUAAUGAGUAUUGAUCAACCUUUUGUUGAGCGGAAGCUCUUUGGGAAACAGAGCUAUAUAGAUAAAACGGAAAAAAACAAGCGUAGAACGGCUACGUUAGCGUCUGUUUCGCAUACGGUGGGGGUGUCUUCUUGUACUUAAUUGUUCAGUAAGUAAGGCAAGUUUAAAUGGCUACAGCAAUUUAUCUACGCUAAUUUUUCAUCAAUCAGUUCAAAUUAUCGCACGUCGUUGCCAUGCUAACAAAGUUGACAGAUUUUUUCAAAAUGGGUUCCUGAAAUCAUUUUUUUUUUUAUUCUUCCGUGGAAAUCUAAUUUUCAUCCAACCAUUAAUUGUUUUAAUUUCUUUUUUCUGUAUUUACCCUCCCUGUUACUGCUGAAAAUUCUUUCUUGCCUCUCUUUUUUCUUCAAAUGAGUUCAAUGAAACAGGACGCGCAAUGUAAUCCACAUUUCUGAACGCAUCAAAUCUCUUAUUCGAAACCACCAAUUGCCACUUCAUAUUAUAAAGCGUAGAGGUAACAAAAUGUAACAAGAUGGUUGAUGCAUCCAUUUUAACAGCUUUUGAUGAGUAGUUAUCUUUUUUCUAUCCGUGCCCCUUCGGUUAUGAUCAGACUGCUCAACUUGAUCAGAAUCAAUUGAUUGUCAGUACCCAUGUAAUCGAUCCAUUUUUUUUUUGUUAUC